AAACCAUUUCUUCACUCUACCCUUCAACUACUUCCAUCAACAGCGCUGUGUUUCACUUUUGAGCAUUCCUUCACUCACAUUCAAGAAAUGGCAGAAUGACUUCUCUUAGGCACUGUUGAUCGAAUCAUUGAGAGUUUGGGCUCACCGGCUGUCAAAGAGAUCGGACUGCUCUGGGGUGUCGAAGAUGAGCUUCUAAGGCUGAUGAACACCGUUUCAACAAUCAAAGCUGUGCUUCUGGAUGCUGAGCAUAAACAGGCUAACAACCCUAUACUUAGAAUUUGGCUCGAAACGCUAGAUGAUUCCUUUUAUGAUGCGGAUGACUUGCUGGAUGCUAUUUCCACGGAUGCUCUACAAAGGGAAAUAUUGACCCGUGAUAAGAAGGCAAAAAAGGUACGCAUUUUCUUUUCCAAAUCAAACCAACUUAUCUCUCGUUUUAAAGUGGCCCAUAAGAUUAAGGCCAAGAUUAAGGCCAUCAGAAAGAGGUUAGAUGAAAUCUACUACGAAGGGCAGAGGUUCAACUUGGAUGUACGCAAGGAUGAAGAGACACGAGUCAGUAACAGUUGGAGGGAUAGUGACGUUAUUUCGUUUGUACAUCCGACAACAGUUAUUGGUCGAGAGGAUGAUAAGAAGGCUGUUAUAGACCUUCUGAUGAACUCCAACGUUGAAGACAAUGUUUUAAUCCUUCCAAUUGUUGGCAUCGGUGUAUUGGGAAAGACUAUACUCGCUAAAUUCGUAUACAAUGAUCACCAAAUCGUUGAACAUUUUGAGCUCAGAAUGUGGGUGUAUGUCUCUUAUUCCUUCCAUGUUACAAAUAUUGUUAAAGUAAUCUUAGAAUCUGCCACAUACACGAUACAACCGGCUGUUGAAAUGAAUACACUGGUAGGUCAACUUAAGGAAAUAAUCGGUGGAAAGAAAUACUUCCUCGUGUUGGAUGAUGUGUGGAAUGAGGAUCAUGAAAAAUGGUCUGAAUUGAAAGAAGUGCUGAUGGGUGGUGCAAGGGGCAGUAGAAUAUUAGUGACAACCCGCAGUGAAAUCGUUGCAAGGACCAUCCGCCAGGAAAGCGUUGCAGGGAUUAUUGGGACUGUUAAAUCAUAUUCCUUGAAAGGUUUAGAUGAAGAUGCGUCAUGGUAUUUAUUUAAGCAAAGGGCAUUUAAGAUAGGACAAGAGCCGGAGAAUUCAAUCAUUGUCAGACUUGGGAAGGAGAUCGUACAAAAGUGUUUAAGUGUCCCUCUGGUCAUAAGUACAAUUGCAGGUUUACUGUACUCCAUAAAUUCAGAAAAAGAGUUGUUGUUUGUGAAGAAAAAUGGACUCUCAAGAAUAUCUCAGAAUAAAAAUGACAUCUUACCAACUUUGAAGCUAAGUUAUGAUCAUCUCCCUUCACAUUUAAAGCACUGCUUUACUUAUUGUAGUUUGUUUCUGAAGGAUUACAUGAUUGAUAAAUCAACAUUGAUUAAGCUUUGGAUAGCACAAGGGUUUGUCAAGCUAUCGGAUCAAAACCGAUGCUUGGAAGAUGUUUGUGAUGAGUAUUUUAUGGAUUUACUAUGGAGAUCAUUCUUUCAAGAACCUGUAAUGGAUGAGUUUGGUAACAUAAUUGGAUGCAGAAUACAUAGCCUCAUGCAUGAUCUUGCCAUAACAGUGGCAGGAUCGUCGUUCAUCACCACAAUAGAUGAUAAUUAUAGAAUCAUUGAUGCAAAAACUCGUCAUGUAUCAUUUGGUUGUGAUAGAAAUAUUUCAUCUAUGCUCCCAACUUUAUUGGAUAAAGCAAGUAGGGUUCGGACAUUUUUUCAACUCGAUGGUGAUUGCAUUGGGGCAGAGAUUGAUUAUGGCACAAUUUUUUCAAGUUUCAAUUCCCUGCACGUGUUGGUUCUGCAUACAAGCGAUGUUGAGUCUGUGCCAAUCUCUAUUGGGAAGUUGAAGCGUUUAACCUAUCUUGAUCUUUCUAGACACUACAAUAUCAAUAAGCUGCCUGAUUCUAUAACUAUGUUACCAAAUUUGCAAACAUUAAGACUCUCCAACUGUGGGUCGCUCAAAGAAUUGCCGAGAGACAUUAAAAAACUGAUCAAUCUCAGGAAUCUUGAGAUCGAUGAAUGUUAUGGUUUGACUUAUAUGCCACGUGGAUUGGGGCAACUGACUAAUCUUCAGAACUUAUCAAGAUUUGUGGUCAACUCCAGCCAGAGUGAUAGCGGUGGGUUAGAUGAACUAAGGAGACUAAAUAACCUGAGAGGAAAGUUAGUGAUUGAAAAUCUGGAACAUAAUGGGAAAAGUGUUGCGGUAGAAUAUGAGGCUGCAAAUCUAAAGGAGAAACAUCGUCUUGAUGCUUUGCAUUUAUGGUGGAGUAGUCAAGGAGAUGUCAUUGAUUCGGGCGUUGCUAAUGUUGAAGCGGAAGGCUUGCGACCACACACAAAUCUGAAAUAUCUUCGUUUAGGGAAGUAUCGGGGUUCAAGGCUUCCGAGUUGGUUUUUGUCACUCGAAAGUCUUGUUAGAUUUGAAUUAUAUUGGUGUAAGGAAUGCCAAUAUUUGCCACCAUUGAGUCAACUGCCUUCUCUCAAGUAUCUUCUUCUUAUAGGUUUGGAUGCUAUGGAGUACAUAUCAGAUGGUGGUGCUAGCGAUGAGAAAAUACCGUUUCUCCCAUUCCUAAAAGAAAUCAGUCUCUCAGGUUGCCGUAAUCUCAAGGGGUGGUGGAAAAUGGAUUCUUCUAUGGAGGUCAAUAGUGAUAGUCAUAAUUCUGCUGAAAUAACGGAGCAUCGUUUACUCCUUUCAUUUCCUCAUCUUUCAACAUUAUCCAUCUCAUUUUGCCCCAAGUUGACUUCCAUGCCAAUGUUUCCACAUGUUGAAGAAAAGUUGAUCCUGUCCAAUGCUAGCUCGAAGCCACUGCAACAGACUAUGAUGAUGAAUAUGGCAGCACUGCAAAGCCCAACGUCAACAGCAACAACCUCCUCUUCAUCCAUUCCUCUCUCGAAAUUGAAGUAUAUGGAACUGAAUUCCAUUGCAGAUCUAGAAGCUCUGCCAGAGGAGUGGUUGCAGAACCUCACUUCUCUCGAGUUUUUGAAGAUAGGAAGCUGCAGUAGAUUAAAGUCUCUCCCCUCGGAGCGUCAACAUGCUACCACUCUACAAAAGAUCGAGAUUUCAGAUUGUGUAAGCUUGACGGCUAUACCAGAGUGGAUCCGUAACUGCAACACUUAAGGGAUGCGUAGGCCAACGUCUUUGCAGAGGCUAAUAAUUGUGGAUUGUCCCAUCUUAUUGCAAAGAUGGAAAAGAGACGGGUGAGGAUGGCCCAAGAUUGUUCACAUUCCAAAGUUAGACUUACCGUAGCUGCCUCAAUAGAGAGAAAAUUCAAGCACCCAUGCAUGUUCGACUGAUUCAGAUGUAGAAGCGGCACAACCAGUUGACGGCACAAAGAAACAGAGGACAGAGAUUCAGAUCAUUUUCAAAAUCUGGGGCACUGCAUACGUGAUUGUUCACAUAUUAGGAAGUGAAAAUUGCCACUUGAUGAAACUUGAGCAAAUAUUGUCUUGGAAAUCCAAUCUGGCAACAGCACUGCAGGAACUACCUUUCCGCACAGCUGAAAAGCUCUGUAGAGCCUUCUUGCUUGGAACUUCUCAUCCACUUUCACCCACUUACAACCCAGUGAGUAAGUCAAAGCAUUAAAGGGAACAUUUUCCACCUAAAUUUGCUUAGCCAAGUGAUGACACACAGAAUAUCAUCUUCAGAAAAGAUAUUGACAGGUUGAUGUUAACUCUUAUAGCAGGCUUCCUAUAUUCCAGGUGGUUUCUUUUUGGCUAUGUUGGAGCUCCUAACAGCACAAUCUAUUUUUCAUCUACUGAUAUAGUUGUAAAAACAGCAGACCCAGUUGAAGCAUAGAAGAAACAUUGGAUGGACAUUCUAAGCUUACUCAAAAUCCAGGGCAAUUUGGAGUUGAUGAGAUGAUGUACCUGGGCGUUUCAUUUUCCAUUGUGUAAGCGGAGAAAAAACUGGCUCUUAGCGAUGUCGGAUUAAGUAUUGAAGGGAGAGUCAAUUCUGGUUGUAAUAACUAACUUGUUGCAUAGGUAUUCAUUUUGUUCAAUUCUCUGUUACACUGACACAUAAGCUUCCCACAUGUCAUUUUUGUCUUCAAAUAGUCAAUUAAAAGAUCUGGCACUUGAAUGAUUCCAUUCUAAAUAUCAAAAUUCCUAAUUUAUUUAAUUAGUUUAGUUUGAAAUAAAAACACAAUGAGAUAUUAUAUUUGUUCACCCUUUAGAUUUAGAUGUGCACGAUUUUAGGGGUGCAUUUCACUCUAUGCUGCAGGUUGGCUGGACUUGUCGUCAUUACUUACCAAAAAAAUUAAUUUAAAUAAUAAUUUCAAUUAAAUGGAAUUUAUGCCAAAAAUUUAUAGUAGGAUUAUAUUUCUUCUAACUUCUAUAUCAGUUGUUAUAGGCUUGGUUGCAGCUUAGUGACCAUAAGUUGAUGUUCAAGAGUUUCCUAUUUUUCAGGUGGUUUAUUUUUGGCCUUUGAGAAGCUCUUGCAUCCCAAUAUGUUAUAUAUUUUCAGAUACAAGUGAUUGAUUUUCACUUUAGCAGAUGUUCCAUUGUACUGAUUACUGUGUACAAUAACGCUAGAGAUCACUGACUAUUGUUACUAGCAAUAGCAAUAUAGACAACGUAUUAAUGAAAGCCUUUCUUUGGUGAAGCUAUUCUUUCUAUAGAUAUUAGCAACAAUAAAUGAUGCCUUUACUGCUCUACAUAUUUUAAGAAUAUGAAAUUUGUGGUUUACACUUCUCCCAGUGGAUAUUACUUCUAGGGACAAUGAUGUUAUUUCCUUUUCAUAUAUUUAAUGGUAAUUUUAUUCCUUUCGAGGUAAUAUGGAAGUUGUUUCCACAAUUUUGUAUAGUUGAUUAGCUAUAGGAUUACAACAUUGUAGUUAUUGCCGUUUGAAGAGAGAUUUGCAUUGUGUUUUGAGGAUAAAAGGAUAAAUAAAAAAGAGCAAGUGGUUUUUGGCAGGGAAGUUUGGAUAAACACUAUAGCCUAGAGAUUUAGUUUAGACACGUAUCAUUUCAAAGUUGUUAUUCAAUAUUCACUUUAUGCUAUACUUUAUGCAAAGAAAAUUUAAGAAUUGAAAUUUUAAAUUUUAACCAUCUUUAAACUUGAUUGAAGAAAGCAGAAAUCCUUGAACUUUCACUUGAAAUAUGUACAUUUUCUAUAAACUAAAACAAGAAGAAACAUAAGCUUGGGAAGUUUGUUUAUAAUUUUCUUUUCUCAGCUAUGAAAAGCAUGAUAUAUUGGUGGGAGUGGGUCAAGACUGGCAUAAGACUACUAGAAUCCCAUCACUAGAGUUGGUUUGAAAAGGACUCAACACUCUAUUGUUUAUACAGCUCAAUACAUUUCAUUAAUUGGAUUAAAAAGGACUCAACACUCCAUUGUUACAUACAUGACAUCUUUUCGUAACUCUUUGUAAUCAAAUACCAACCUAGUUCUCUUUAGAUUAUUCUCUUUCAUUUCAGGUAUUGUUAGCUUCUCAACUCUUUUGAUUCUUUAUGUGGAAGCUAGAUGGGAAUCAAUUGCUGGAACAUACAAGAGUAUGUCUUUCGUCAAAGAAAGUUGGUUCUACAAUUAUCCAGCAACUACCAAACAUUUGUGGAAAUAUGUGAUUACUCAAUUUUAAAUAUGUGAGGUGGCUCUACUUAUCAAAAAUAUGUGAGGUGGCUCUUAAGACAAAAUUUUGAAGGUGGCAUUUGGUAAUUCACUUUCCAAAUAAGAUGACAAGAGCCAGCAGUAUCAUCUGUUGGAACUGUGAAAUGGCCACCUCAACAAUUUCAAAGGGACUUGCAUUUUUUGUCAUAGUGGAGAAUUCAGGAAUGUGUGCCCACUGCGACCAACAACUUUAGUGCUAUCGUGGUUGAUGGUAGCACAAUUAACCUUGGACUAUGGGACACUGCUGGACAGGAGGAUUAUAACAGAUGUUUUCUUGUUGGCCUUUUCUCUCAUCAGCAAAGCCAGCUAUGAAAAUAUCCCCAACAAGAUGUACAGGAAGACAAGCAGUAUUUGAUUGAUCAUGCUGGCGCUACAUCAAUGAUCUUGCAGUUGGCUGCUGUAUGGAAAUCAGGAUUGUCAACCAAAAGAGCGAGGGAAAAUUCAUAUGCUAGUGUGGAUUGAGAUACAAAAUCAUAUUUACUGCAGAUUUUCUUCCAUGAAGACUCACAGCAGUUGCCUGAGUCAUUCCCAGAGACCUGAAUUUUCAUUUUGAUAUAUAUAUAUAUAUAUAUAUAUAUAUAUAUAUAUAUAUAUAUUUUGGUUAUCGUUUUCUAAGUUUUCGGGUAUGUAGUAUUCCCGAAUAUGUCGAAGAUAUCUUCUUAAAUUUGAGUUCAUAAUUCUUGCUUUGAAGAGGAGUCUAUACUUGAUAUACAUUUUGUGUAAUUCAAAUUUCACAAUGACAGAUUUUCUUGAAAGAUUUA